CCGCUUCCGCCGGUGAGGAGCCCCGGGCCGUAGUCAUGAGUCGCUUCAAGUUCGUGGGUGGAAGAGGGGAGAUCAAAGAGCCUGCCCUGCACCUGCUAAUUCUCAAGUACCUUCAGCUCAAAAUUACCAGUAUGCCAAAGCUUAUUUUGGGGUAGCAUGUUCUGAACCAAGGUGAAGCAGCUUUUCAUCAAAGGAUAGAAAGCAGCUCUAACAACAGGCUGAGGAAUACACUUCAGACAGACUAUAUGUCAGAAAGAAAAGGACUUAGGGCCCUAAGUCACAAGAGACUUGCAGAAAAGGGAAGAAACUGGUGCCUGAACCACUGCAGGAUAUCCAAAAUUCCAAGGCUCACCUGCGUCCAAAGCUGAAUAUAGAUCUUUGAAGUACAGUGUGACCUAGGGCCUGAAGGACUGAUCCACAUCAGGAAGAGGUAGGUUCCCAGAGGAAGUGGUACCACCUGAAAUUGGCCUCAACUGGUGUCUGCCUCAGGAUAUUGGUAUCAACUUGACAGAUCCUAUGUUCAGAGGAAUUUAUAGGGGGGUUCAAAAGCAUCAAGAUGACUUACAGGAUGUAAUACAGAGAGCUGUCCAAGUUGGUGUUAAAAAGUUUAUGAUUACAGGCGGAAAUCUACAAGACAGUAAAGAUGCACUGCAUUUGGCACAAACAAAUGAUAUGUUUUUCAGUACCGUUGGAUGUCAUCCUACAAGAUGUGACGAAUUUGAAAAGAAUAAUCCUGAUCUUUAUUUAAUGGAGUUGCUAAAUCUUGCUGAAAACAACAAGGGGAAAGUUGUAGCAAUAGGGGAAUGUGGACUCGAUUUUGACCGACUACAGUUUUGUCCCAGAGAUACUCAACUCAAAUACUUUGAAAAACAGUUUGAACUGUCAGAACAAACAAAAUUACCCAUGUUUCUUCACUGUCGAAACUCACAUGCUGAAUUUUUAGACAUAAUGAAAAGAAAUAGAGAUCGGUGUGUAGGUGGAGUAGUGCAUUCAUUUGAUGGCACUAAGGAGGCCGCGGCCGCUUUGAUUGACUUGGAUCUCUAUAUAGGAUUUAAUGGUUGCUCACUGAAAACUGAGGCUAAUUUGGAAGUUUUGAAAUCAAUACCUAGUGAAAAAUUAAUGAUUGAGACUGAUGCACCUUGGUGUGGAGUCAAAAGUACACAUGCUGGUUCAAAAUUCAUAAAAACUUCCUUUCCUACCAAAAAGAAGUGGGAAAAUGGGUACUGUUUGAAAGACAGAAAUGAACCCUGCCACAUAAUUCAAAUUCUGGAGAUAAUGUCAGCAGUGAGAGAUGAGGAUCCACUGGAAUUGGCCAACACAUUAUAUAACAACACCAUUAAAAUAUUUUUUCCUGGCAUGUAAUCUUCCAUGUUCCAUCACAUAUGUAAUAUUUCAUGGUAAAAUUUACUGGAAGUUUCAAUAAAGAAAUUCUCUGGAAGUUGUUCUAAAAGGUCUUCUACAUAACUAUACAUCAUCCCCUUCGUUUUUAUCCAAAGACAAAUCAGGAUUUCUUAAAUGUCACUUCAUAUCUUAGCUUAAAACAAAACCUCCAAGUAUUUAAUUUUGUAAUCUCUUCAAAAGUCCAAGAGGACAACUUUAUGUCAACGCUACAAA